UAAAACUAUUGCAUCCACGUGUUUUGAUUAACACCGCGCGCUUCACGAGACACUUCAGCACAAAUCUGCGAUUUCCUCUGCUUUCUCUGCAGCAUGGCAUCAGAAAUAGCAUUGCUGAGUGUUUCGGAUAAGACUGGACUGGUGGAGUUCGCCAGGCGUCUGGUGUCAGUGGGUCUGUCGUUAGUGGCAUCAGGAGGAACCGCCAAAACACUCAGAGAUGCUGGACUCGCAGUCAGGGAUGUAUCUGAGCUCACCGGAUUCCCUGAGAUGCUCGGAGGCAGAGUUAAAACCCUUCAUCCGGCUGUCCACGGUGGCAUUUUGGCCAGACAAACUCCAUCCGAUAAGGCUGAUAUGGAAAAACUAGGGUUCAGUCUUGUCAGAGUGGCCGUGUGCAACCUUUACCCGUUUGUGAAGACCAUUUCAUCCCCUGGUGUGACUGUGGAAGACGCUGUUGAGCAGAUUGACAUCGGUGGUGUUACUCUUCUUCGAGCGGCAGCUAAGAAUCACGCUAGGGUCACAGUCAUCUGCGAUCCAUCCGACUACGAUGUUGUGGCCAAGGAAAUGGAGACCUCUGAAAUCCACGACACCACAAUGGAAACGCGCAAAAUUCUUGCGCUGAAGGCCUUCACGCACACUGCUCAGUACGAUGAGGCCAUCUCUGAUUACUUCAGACGUGAAUACAGUCGAGGAGUUUCCCAGCUCCCUCUGCGUUACGGGAUGAACCCGCAUCAAGCACCAGCUCAGCUCUACACUACACGACCAGCACUUCCGCUCACAGUGCUGAAUGGAUCUCCAGGCUUCAUUAACCUGUGUGAUGCUCUGAACGCAUGGCAGCUGGUCAGAGAGUUGAAGAAGGCUCUCGGUUUGCCAGCCGCCUCUUCAUUUAAACACGUCAGUCCUGCAGGAGCUGCUGUUGGCGUCCCGUUGAGUGAAGACGAGGCCAAAGUGUGUAUGGUGAAUGACAUGCUGCAGGAUCUCACUCCUCUCGCCACUGCGUACGCCAGAGCCAGAGGAUCUGACAGAAUGUCCUCCUUUGGAGACUUCAUCGCUUUGUCUGAUGUCUGCGAUGUUCCCACUGCCAAGAUCAUCUCCAGAGAGGUGUCUGAUGGUAUCGUUGCUCCUGGUUAUGAAGCGGAUGCGCUGCGGAUUCUGUCCAAAAAGAAGAAUGGGAACUAUUGUGUUCUUAAGAUGGAUCCUGAAUAUGAACCCGAUGAAGAAGAGGUGAGGGUGCUUUUUGGUUUGCAUCUCAAACAGAAGAGGAAUGGAGCAGUCAUUGAUAAAGAGCUCUUCAGCAACAUUGUGUCAAAGGGAAAGCUGUCUGAGAGUGCUCUGCGAGACCUCAUCGUCGCCUCCAUCGCUGUAAAGUACACUCAGUCGAACUCUGUGUGUUAUGCAAAAGAUGGGCAGGUGAUUGGCAUCGGCGCCGGGCAGCAGUCUCGUAUCCACUGCACUCGGCUGGCAGGAGACAAGGCUGACAACUGGUGGCUCAGGCACCAUCCAGGAGUGCUCAGUAUGAGGUUUCGCAGCGGAGUGAAGCGCGCAGAGAUGGCUAAUGCUAUUGAUCAGUAUGUCAGCGGCACGGUUGGAGAGGGACCAGAUAAGGAGGUCUGGAAGGGUCUGUUUGAGGAGGUUCCUGAGCCUCUGUCGGAAGUGGAGAAGAAGAACUGGAUCAGUUCUCUGCAGGCUGUGGCUCUCAGCUCUGAUGCUUUCUUCCCCUUCAGGGACAAUGUUGACCGUGCCAAACAGAGUGGUGUGGAGUAUAUCGCUGCUCCGUCUGGCUCUACUGCUGAUGAAGUGGUCGUCAAUGCCUGCAAUGAGCUGGGAAUUACCCUGGUACACACCAACAUUCGCCUCUUCCAUCACUGAAAAGCACUACAAAACUUCCAGCUGAAUAUAAAUAUACUACUACAAGUAUACAGCUACUUUAGGUGUCUUUAUCUAGAUGUGCAUGCCUGCAGUGAGCUAGGAAUUACCCUGCUAAACACCAACAUCCGUCCCUCCCAUUAAUGAAAAGCACUACAAACCAUCUAGUUGAAUACAAUUACACAAUAUACCAUACAAAUAUACAGCUACUUCAGGUGUUUUCUCUGUGGAUGUACUCUGUAAUUCCAAGUUGCCAACCAGGUUUUAUGAUUUAGCACAAACAAGUAGUAAGUCUUUCCACUUUCCAGUAUUAAGUCAAAUGUUUAACCGAGUACAUGGCAACUAAACAGAUUUUAAACAUGGUUACAGGAGGAACAUUACUCAUGAGUGACUUUUUGCAAUACUAAUGCAUUCAGAAUAAUAUUAGCCACUCAUUAAUUUUUCAUUUUCAUCCUAAAAGCAUAUUUCUUUGCAUUAUUUCUGUCGGAGAUGCCACUCGAGGGCUAAAAAAAAAGGUUUCUAAUAUGAAAUGGUUUUCCACACACUUCCUGUUACAUUCCAUGCUGCCUUUAGUGUCUCGUGAGCAUUGCUAAAUAAAAAACACAUCAAAUGUAA